CUUGGUUGUUCAUAGGAUCUCCUGCCACAAGGGGGUAGACAGCACUCACACAAGCAUUAAGCACUCUCAUUUCAGAGAGGAGAGAAGGCAGUACAGUUGAUACAGAACAUCCCAUGGAUCUGUAGCACUGACACUGCCUGCUGAGGGACCCCCGACACAACCACAUCUGAGCCCUCCUCUACUUAUUGCAACAGAGAGAAAGCACCAAGAGUAAUUCACCUCUGAACCCAAGGCAGCCAAUUUCAGAAAGGAGACACCUGGAAUAGGAUUGUCACCGAGAAGACUGCAACAGAUCAGAAUGGAUGUGUUUAUGAAAGGCUUGUCCAAAGCAAAGGAAGGAGUGGUGGCUGCUGCUGAGAAGACCAAACAAGGGGUAGCCGAGGCUGCAGAGAAGACCAAGGAAGGUGUUCUGUAUAUGGGAAACAAAACCAGAGAUGGAGUGUCUUCAGUGGCUGAAAAGACCAAAGAGCAAGCAUCUCAGCUGGGAGGGGCUGUCAUGUCUGGAGCUGGAAACAUUGCGGCUGCCACUGGUCUAGUGAAGAAAGAUGAAUUCCCUACAGACAUAAAGCCUGAGGAAGAAGGCCAGGAAGCUUUGGAAGAACCUGCUGCUGAACCUCUGCUGGAGCCAGAAGGGGAAAACUACGAGGAAGCCCCUCAGGAUGACUACCAGGAAUAUGAACCCGAAGCAUAACAUCCCUCAGCCCUGGACCCAGCCACCAGCAGCAUCAGCACAAAGAUAGCUAUAAUAAAAAAUAAUAAAAAAUCUCCCCUCUCCUCUGCCCUAUCCUUCCCGAGAGGAGUGUGAAGUGCACCCCCUCUUCUCCCAAGAAGUGAGCUCUUCCUUCACUACACCUCCAGAAAGCCUCAUGUGAAGUGAUUUCAUGUAUGGUAAUCCUUAGCGUUGAGUCAUUAGUCCAAACAAAACUGGUGUUUAAACUUAAAACAAAAAAAAAAGCCCUUUGUAAUGUAUGAACCCAUGAAUGCAUUGUAUUUGUCUUUGCAGUCCUUGUGCCCCCAGACAAUUAUUUCUGUUUCCCUCCCAGAGAAUAAUUUCCGGGGGUCUUUUUGGUGGAUUUUGUCACUCAUAAUUAUUUUGUAACCUAUUUGUUUUGGUGUGUAAGCUUGUUCUGUGGCAGGGGGGCCUGCAACCUUCUGCAACUGAACCUGCGGGUAUUCUUCUGCGUCUACCGAUAUAAAUAAAGCAUGUUUUACUUUUUAUAAAGAGAAGGUGGAAACACCAACAAAUGUUUUUUUCCCCCUAAGCGGCUGCCGUGAUUUCUCACAAGGCUGGGUAGUCGUUAAGAUAAGGGAAAAUCACACACAAAAAAAAAUGUAGCUGUGGAUGAAUGACCUUUGAAAUAGUUUAUUCAGUGUUCUAAUGUGAUAUUUAAUUUUGCUGUUUUUUUAUACAUAUAUACACACAUAUCAACGAAUAUAUAUAUAUAUGGUUUAACUUAUUUGUGACUGUUCUGUAAAACAGAUUAAAAUCUGUGAUAUUCCA